AUGGCCAGCGCUACGACUGCAUCUAAUGCCAUGAAUGCAUUCAUGAGGCUGUCACAAGAGUACCUCACCAACCUGACUGCUUUGAACGAACAAAAAAGGCAAAAUGCAUGGCUUGCGGUCAAGUACACUCGUCUUCACACCCAACUUGAGGCAGAACAAUCUCUCAGUCGAGACCGAAGACCUUGGGUCGGUCCAGCUCGUAUAUCACAAGCUCAACUUCUGCGCAUCCUCAACAUAAAUUUGGACUUUGACCUCUCCGCUGUUGAUAAAGUCGACAUGACUGAUAUCUCAGGCUCGUCUGCCCUGGUGAACCGUCGCGAUCAAGGGAGAGCUGAGAAUUUGGUUGAGAAUGCACAAUUCAAGCAAUGGGUCGUCAGGACAAGUUCUACUGAGCUGCUUGUCCACGGACACAUGAAGCCAAGUCGAACCAGCGUCACACCUUUAUCGUUUUUCAGUGCAGCUAUGCACACGGACCUCGAUGAUCCACUGAUCGGCGGUAUCGGACUCAUCGAGAGCCUCACCACACAACUUCUUGUUCAGCAUCACUUUGAUGAUGCGGAUCUUGAUAGAGUUGCCCAAGAAUUGAACCUGCCUCUUUUAAAAAGAGGAGUUGACGACAUUGAGGAGCUUUGCCAGCUGUUCACUGUCCUUGUUCAUCGUCUACUAAGCGAUAAAACACUCUUUUGUGUCGUCGAUAGUGUGAAUGUGUAUGAAGAUGAAGAUCUGAUGCAAGACAUGUUUGUGGAGAAGGUACUGUUUGAGAUACUACAGUUGACGGGUGACCCAAGGGUCAAGACACAUAUCAAGAUUCUUUUCACGAGCCCGACAGACACGAGUACAAUCUGUAAGGCGUUCAAGGAAAAGGAUGUGCUAUCUAUGCAUGAGCCCGGUCGCUUGAGCUUGGAUAAACAUUUCAGUGACAGUCGUUUUGCGUAG